GACCUGAUGAAAUACGGGUGGGAAAAAAAUAUCUGCGCUCUGGGUGCUGGAGAAGAUGGCGGAUGGGGACAGCGGGAGUGAGCGCGGCGGCGGAGGAAGCGGGUUCCAAGCGUUCCAGAGGGACCAAGAGACCCAAGAGCUGGCGUCCAAACGCCUCGACAUCCAAAACAAGCGCUUCUAUCUGGACGUCAAGCAGAACUCGAAGGGCAGGUUCAUCAAGAUCGCCGAGGUCGGCGCUGGGGGCUCCAAAAGCCGCCUGACGCUUUCCAUGUCGGUCGCGGCGGAGUUCCGGGAUUACUUCGGGGAUUUCAUCGAACACUACGCCCAGCUUGGGCCCAGCACUCCGGAGCAGAUCGCGCAGUCCUCCGGAGGCGAGGACGGCGGGCCUAGACGGGCCUUGAAGAGCGAGUAUCUCGUGAGGGAAAACCGCAAAUACUACCUCGAUCUGAAGGAGAACCAGCGCGGGAGAUUCCUGCGGAUCCGGCAGACCGUUAACCGCGGCGGAUUCGGUGUUCCCGGCGGCGGCGGUGGUGGAGGAAUUCAAUCCGGGCAAACUAUCGCUCUUCCCGCUCAAGGUCUCAUCGAGUUCCGCGACGCGCUGGCGAAGCUGGUCGACGACUACGGCGGCGACGACGAGGAGCUAGCCUGCUCCGGAGGAGGAGGAGGAGGUUACGCGGAGUUACCCGAGGGCACGUCGAUAACGGUGGACUCCAAGAGGUUCUUCUUUGACGUGGGCUCCAACAAGUACGGCGUGUUUCUGCGUGUGAGCGAGGUGAAGCCCAGCUACAGAAACUCUAUCACGAUCCCCUUCAAAGCGUGGAGCAAAUUCGGCGGAGCGUUCUGCCGCUACGCCGAGGAGAUGAAGGAGAUCCAGGAGCGGCACAAAGAUAAAGCGUUCGAGCAGAGAACCGGAGAGGAGUCUGAGGGCGAAGAUUUGUACGACGACUGACCGCCGGAGGUGUCGCGUCGCUGGGCAACCGCGCAGAGCGAGAGCCGCGCUCUGGAGAGGGCUGCAUGGAACGGUCGAUGGCGAGAAAAAAUAUGUUUGACUGAGAAACACUGUCGUGUAUAUGUAAGAGAAUCCUGUUUAAAGCAGUUUAGACUAUGUUUGGCUAGAUAAAUGGAUUUUUUUCUGCUGGCUGCUCUCUGUAGGUCUUGUCAUUUUGAAAGUUUGCCCCUUUAUAAAGAAAGAAAGAAAACAAACACCCUUUUUCACACAGAGUCUGAGUUCACAAGCAGGGAUGUUGUAGUGUUAGUGUGUCAAGAAUAACUGAUGAUUAUCUCUACUAUAGGUGUUUUUGGUGUUGUGCCCUGCGAUGGAGAGCAAACCAGCAUCAUCUGAGCAUCUCAUAGUUAGCUCUUUAGGGAUGUGUGUGUGUG